AUGGCCAGAUCUUUCACCCCGACCUCUAUGGCUGAGACGAGCACCAGAUCCGAGUCCAUCUCCAUACAAAGCCCUUCCAACCCGACCUCUGUGGCUGAGACCAGCACCUCUGAGUCCAUCUCUCCUUCCAGCACUUCUAGACCGACCUCUGUGACUCAGACCAGCACAGUCUCCAAGUCCAUCUCCUCACCCAGAGCUUCCAGUCCGACCUCCACGGUGGAGAGCAGCACCGUCUCCGAAUCCAUCUCCACGCAAAGUGCUUCCAGCCCAACCUCUAGGACUGAGACUAGCAGUGUCUCCGAGUCUGUCUCCUCGCCCAGAGCUUCCAGCCCGACCUCCAUGGCCGAGACUAGCACUGUCUACGAAUCCAUCUCGACGCAAAGCGCUUCCACCCCGAUCUCUAGGACCGAGAUAAGCCCUGUCUCCGAGUCCGUCUCCCUGCCCAGAUCUUCCAGCCCAAGCUCUGUGGCCAAGAGGAGCACCAUCUCCAAAUCCAUCUCCAUGCAAAGCGCUUCCAGCCCGACCUCUAGGACUGAGACCAGCCCUGUGUCCAUAGCUUCCAGUCCGACCUCCACAGCAGAGACCAGCACCGGCUCCGAGACCGUCUCUAUGCCCAGAGCUUCCAUCCCAACCACCCCGUAUGAGUCCAUCUCUCUCUCCAGCUCUUUCAGCCCGAUCUCUGUGGCUGAGACCAGCACCUCUGAGUCCAUCUCUCCUUCCAGCACUUCUAGAGCGACCGCUGUGAUUCAGACCAGCACCGGCUCCGAGUCCGUCUCUACCCCCAGAGCUUCCAGCCUGACCUCUAUGACCGAGUCCAGCACCAUCUCCGAAUCUGUCUCCACGCAAAGUACUUUCAGCCCGACCUCUGUGGCCGAGACCAGCACUGUGUCCGAGUCCGUCUCCUCCCCUAGAGCUUCCAGCCUGACCUCCACGGCAGAGAGCAGCACCGUCUCCGAAUCCGUCUCCACGCAAAGCACUUCCAUCCUGACCUCUAGGACUGAGACCAGCACUGUCUCCGAGUCUGUCUCCUCGCCCAGAGCUUCCAGCCCAACCUCCAUGGCCGAGACUAUCACUCUCUCCGAUUCCGUCUCCCUGCCCAGAUCUUCCAGCCCAAGCUCUGUGGCCGAGAGCAGCACCAUCUCCCAAUCCAUCUCCACUCAAAGCGCUUCCAGCCCAACCUCUAGGACUGAGACCAGCGCUGUGUCCAUAGCUUCCAGUCCGACCUCCACAGCAGAGACCAGCACCGGCUCCGAGACCGUCUCUAUGCCCAGAGCUUCCAUCCCAACCACCCCGUAUGAGUCCAUCUCUCUGUCCAGCUCUUUCAGCCCGACCUCUGUGACUCAGACCAGCACCGUCUCUGAAUCCAUCUCAACGCAAAGCGCUUCCACCCCGACCUCUAGGACCGAGACGAGCACUGCCUCUGUGUCCAUCUCCUCGCCCAGAGCUUCCAGCCCGAGCUCUAUGGCCGAGACCAGCACCUCCGAGUCCACCUCUCCAUCCAGCACUUCUAGACCGACCUCUGUGACUCAGACCAGCACCAUCUCUGAGUCCAUCUCCUCACCCAGAGCUUCCAGUCCGACAUCCACAACCGAGAGCAGCAGCAUCUCUGAGUCCUUCUCUUCCCAUGCAGCUUCCCGCCCGAGCGCUACGGCUGAGUCCAGCACCAGGUCCGAGUCCGUCUCCUCCCCUAGAGCUUCCCUCCCGACCUCCACGGCGGAGAGCAGCACCGUCUCCGAAUCCAUCUCCACGCAAAGUGCUUCCAGCCUAACCUCUAGGACUGAGACCAGCCCUGUGUCCAGAGCUUCCAGUCCGACCUCCACGGUGGAGAGCAGCACCGUCUCCGAAUCCAUCUCCACCCAAAGUGCUUCCAGCCCAACCUCUAGGACUGAGACUAGCAGUGUCUCCGAGUCUGUCUCCUCGCCCAGAGCUUCCAGCCCGACCUCCAUGGCCAAGACUAGCACUGUCUAUGAAUCCAUCUCGACGCAAAGCGCUUCCACCCCGAUCUCUAGGACCGAGAUAAGCCCUGUCUCCGAGUCUGUCUCCCUGCCCAGAUCUUCCAGCCCAAGCUCUGUGGCCAAGAGGAGCACCGUCUCUGAAUCCAUCUCCACGCAAAGCGCUUCCAGCCCGACCUCUAGGACUGAGACCAGCCCUGUGUCCAUAGCUUCCAGUCCGACUUCCACGGUAGAGACCAGCACCGGCUCUGAGACCGUCUCUAUGCCCAGAGCUUCCAUCCCAACCACCCCGUAUGAGUCCAUCUCUCUCUCCAGCUCUUUCAGCCCGAUCUCUGUGGCUGAGACCAGCACCCUCUCUGAAUCCAUCUCAACGCAAAGCGCUUCCACCCCGACCUCUAGGACCGAGACGAGCACUGCCUCUGUGUCCAUCUCCUCGCCCAGAGCUUCCAGCCCGAGCUCUAUGGCCGAGACCAGGACCUCCGAGUCCACCUCUCCAUCCAGCACUUCUAGACCGAAUUCUGUGACUCAGACCAGCACUGUCUCCAACUCCGUCUCCAUGCCCAGAUCUUCUAGCCUGAGCUCUAUGGCCGAGACCAGCACCAGGUCCGAGUCUGUCUCCUCCCCUAGAGCUUCCAGCCCGACGUCCAUGGCCGAGACCAGCACUGUCUCUGAGUCCGUAUCUACGCCCAGUGCUUCCAGCCUGACCUUUAUGGCUGAGACCAGCACCGUCUCCAAGUCCAUCUCCUCACUCAGAGCUUCCAGUCUGACAUCCACGACUGAGAGCAGCAGCAUCUCCGAGUCCUUCUCCUCCCAUGCAGCUUCCAGCCUGAGCCCUACGGCUGUGUCCAGCACCAGGUCCGAGUCCGUCUCCUCCCCUAUAGCUUCCAGCCCGACCUCCAUGGCAGAGACCAGCACUGUCUCUGAGUCCAUAUCUAUGCCCAGUGCUUCCAGCCUGAGCUCUAUGACCGAGUCCAGCACCAUCUCCGAGUCUGUCUCCACGCAAAGUGCUUUCAGCCCGACCUCCAUGGCCGAGACCAGCACUGUCUCCGAGUCCGUCUCCUCCCCUAGAGCUUCCAGCCUGACCUCCACGGUGGAGAGCAGCACCGUCUCCGAAUCCAUCUACACGCAAAGCGCUUCCAGCCCAACCUCUAGGACUGAGACCAGCCCUGUGUCCAUAGCUACCAGUCCGACCUCCACAGCAGAGACCAGCACCGGCUCCGAGACCGUCUCUACGCCCAAUGCUUCCAGCCCGACCUCCAGAGCCGAGAUCAGCACUGUCUCGGAGUCUGUCUCUAUGCCCAGAGCUUCCACCCCGACCUCUAGGACCGAGUCCAUCACUGUCUCCAAAUUCAUCUCCACGCAAAGUGCUUCCACCUCGAUCUCUGGGACCGAGACCAGCACUGCCUCUGUGUCUAUCUCCUCACCCAGAGCUUCCAGCCUGAGCUCUAUGGCCGAGUCCAGCACCAUCUCCGAAUCUGUCUCCACGCAAAGCGCUUUCCGCCCAACCUCUGUGGCCGAGACCAGCACUGUCUCCGAGUUCGUCUCCAUGCCCAGAUCUGUCACCCCGACCUCUAUGGCUGAGACGAGCACCAGGUCUGAGUCCAUCUCCAUACAAAGCCCUUUCAGCCCGUCCUCUGUGGCCAAGACCAGCACUGUCUCCGAGUCCGUCUCCAUGCCCAGAACUUCCAGCCCAAGCUCUGUGGCCGAGAGCAGCACCGUCUCCGAAUCCAUCUCCACGCAAAGCGCUUCCACCCCGACCUCUAGGACCGAGACGAGCACUGCCUCUGUGUCCAUCUCCUCGCCCAGAGCUUCCAGCCCGAGCUCUAUGGCCGAGACCAGCACCUCCGAGUCCACCUCUCCAUCCAGCACUUCUAGACCGACCUCUGUGACUCAGACCAGCACUGUCUCCAAGUCCGUCUCCAUGCCCAGAUCUUCUAGCCUGAGCUCUAUGGCGGAGACCAGCACCUGGUCCGAGUCUGUCUCCUCCCCUAGAGCUUCCAGCCCGACCUCCAUGGCUGAGACCAGCACUGUCUCCGAGUUCGUCUCCAGGCCCAGAUCUUUCACCCCGACCUCUAUGGCUGAGACGAGCACCAGGUCCGAGUCCAUCUCCAUACAAAGCCCUUCCAGCCCGACCUCUGUGGCUGAGACCAGCACCGUCUCCAAGUCCAUCUCCUCACCCAGAGCUUCCAGUCUGACAUCCACGACCGAGAGCAGCAGCAUCUCCGAGUCCUUCUCCUCCCAUGCAGCUUCCAGCCCGAGCCCUACGGCUGUGUCCAGCACCAGGUCCGAGUCCGUCUCCUCCCCUAGAGCUUCCCUCCCGACCUCCAUGGCCGAGACCAGCACUGUCUCUGAGUCCAUAUCUACGCCCAGUGCUUCCAGCCCAAGCUCUGUGGCCGAGAGCAGCACCGUCUCCGAAUCCAUCUCCACGCAAAGCGCUUCCAGCCCGACCUCUAGGACUGAGACCAGCCCUGUGUCCAUAGCUUCCAGUCCGACCUCCACAGCAGAGACCAGCACCGGCUCCGAGACCGUCUCUAUGCCCAGAGCUUCCAUCCCAACCACCCCGUAUGAGUCCAUCUCUCUGUCCAGCUCUUUCAGCCCGACCUCUGUGACUAAGACCAGCACCAUCUCUGAAUCCAUCUCAACGCGAAGCGCUUCCACCCCGACCUCUAGGACCGAGACGAGCACUGCCUCUGUCUCCAUCUCCUCACCCAGAGCUUCCAGCCUGAGCUCUAUGGCCAAGACCAGCACCUCCGAGUCCACCUCUCCAUCCAGCACUUCUAGACCGACCUCUGUGACUCAGACCAGCACCAUCUCUGAGUCCUUCUCCUCACCCAGAGCUUCCAGUCCGACAUCCACAACCGAGAGCAGCAGCAUCUCUGAGUCCUUCUCCUCCCAUGCAGCUUCCAGCCCGAGCGCUGCGGCUGAGUCCAGCACCAGGUCCGAGUCCGUCUCCUCCCCUAGAGCUUCCCUCCCGACCUCCAUGGCCGAGACCAGCACUGUCUCUGAGUCCGUAUCUACGCCCAGUGCUUCCAGCCUGUCCCCUAUCUCCGAGUCCAGCACCAUCUCCGAGUCUGUCUCCACGCAAAGUGCUUUCAGCCCGACCUCUGUGGCCGAGACCAGCACUGUGUCCAAGUCCAUCUCCUCACCUAGAGCUUCCAGCCUGACCUCCACGGCAGAGAGCAGCACCGUCUCCGAAUCCGUUUCCAUGCAAAGCACUUCCACCCUGACCUCUAGGACUGAGACUAGCAGUGUCUUCGAGUCUGUCUCCUCACCCAGAGCUUCCAGCAUGACCUCCAUGGCCAAGACUAGCACCUCCGAGUCCACCUCUCCAUCCAGCACUUCUAGACCGACCUCUGUGACUCAGACCAGCACCGGCUCUGAGUCCAUCUCCUCACCCAGAGCUUCCAGUCCGACAUCCACGACCGAGAGCAGCAGCAUCUCCGAGUCCUUCUCCUCCCAUGCAGCUUCCAGCCCGAGCUCUACGGCUGAGUCCAGCACCAGGUCCGAGUCCGUCUCCUCCCCUACAGCUUCCAUCCCGACCUCCAUGGCCGAGACCAGCGCUGUCUCUGAGUCCGUAUCUAUGCCCAGUGCUUCCAGCCUGACCUCUAUGACCGAGUCCAGCACCAUCUCCGAAUCUGUCUCCACGCAAAGUGCUUUCAGCCCGACCUCUGUGGCCGAGGCCAGCACUGUGUCCGAGUCCGUCUCCUCCCCUAGAGCUUCCAGCCUGACCUCCACGGUGGAGAGCAGCACCGUCUCUGAAUCCGUCUCCACGCAAAGCACUUCCACCCUGACCUCUAGGACUGAGACCAGCCCUGUCUCCGAGUCUGUCUCCUCGCCCAGAGCUUCCAGCCCAACCUCCAUGGCCGAGACUAUCACUCUCUCCGAUUUCGUCUCCCUGCCCAGAUCUUCCAGCCCAAGCUCUGUGGCCGAGAGCAGCACCAUCUCCCAAUCCAUCUCCACUCAAAGCGCUUCCAGCCCAACCUCUAGGACUGAGACCAGCGCUGUGUCCAUAGCUUCCAGUCCGACCUCCACAGCAGAGACCAGCACCAGCUCAGAGACCGCCUCUAUGCCCAGAGCUUCCAUCCCAACCACCCCGUAUGAGUCCAUCUCUCUGUCCAGCUCUUUCAGCCCGACCUCUGUGACUCAGACCAGCACCGUCUCUGAAUCCAUCUCAACGCAAAGCGCUUCCACCCCGACCUCUAGGACCGAGACGAGCACUGUCUCUGUGUCCAUCUCCUUGCCCAGAGCUUCCAGCCCGAGCUCUAUGGCCGAGACCAGCACCUCCGAGUCCAUUUCGCCAUCCAGCACUUCUAGACCGACCUCUGUGACUCAGACCAGCACCAUCUCUGAGUCCAUCUCCUCAGCCAGAGCUUCCAGUCUGACAUCCACGACCGAGAGCAGCAGCAUCUCCGAGUCCUUCUCCUCCCACGAAGCUUCCAGCCCGAGCUCUACGGCUGAGUCCAGCACCAGGUCCGAGUCCGUCUCCUCCCCUAGAGCUUCCCUCCCGACCUCCAUGGCCGAGACCAGCACUGUCUCUGAGUCCGUAUCUACGCCCAGUGCUUCCAGCCUGUCCCCUAUCUCCGAGUCCAGCACCAUCUCCGAAUCUGUCUCCACGCAAAGUGCUUUCAGCCCGACUUCUGUGGCCGAGACCAGCACUGUGUCCAAGUCCAUCUCCUCACCUAGAGCUUCCAGCCUGACCUCCACGGCAGAGAGCAGCACCGUCUCCGAAUCCGUUUCCAUGCAAAGCACUUCCACCCUGACCUCUAGGACUGAGACUAGCAGUGUCUUCGAGUCUGUCUCCUCACCCAGAGCUUCCAGCAUGACCUCCAUGGCCAAGACUAGCACCUCCGAGUCCACCUCUCCAUCCAGCACUUCUAGACCGACCUCUGUGACUCAGACCAGCACCGGCUCUGAGUCCAUCUCCUCACCCAGAGCUUCCAGUCCGACAUCCACGACCGAGAGCAGCAGCAUCUCCGAGUCCUUCUCCUCCCAUGCAGCUUCCAGCCCGAGCUCUACGGCUGAGUCCAGCACCAGGUCCGAGUCCGUCUCCUCCCCUACAGCUUCCAUCCCGACCUCCAUGGCCGAGACCAGCGCUGUCUCUGAGUCCGUAUCUAUGCCCAGUGCUUCCAGCCUGACCUCUAUGACCGAGUCCAGCACCAUCUCCGAAUCUGUCUCCACGCAAAGUGCUUUCAGCCCGACCUCUGUGGCCGAGACCAGCACUGUGUCCGAGUCCGUCUCCUCCCCUAGAGCUUCCAGCCUGACCUCCACGGCAGAGAGCAGCACCGUCUCCGAAUCCGUCUCCACGCAAAGCACUUCCAUCCUGACCUCUGGGACUGAGACCAGCACUGUCUCCGAGUCUGUCUCCUCGCCCAGAGCUUCCAGCCCAACCUCCAUGGCCGAGACUAUCACUCUCUCCGAUUCCGUCUCCCUGCCCAGAUCUUCCAGCCCAAGCUCUGUGGCCGAGAGCAGCACCAUCUCCGAAUCCAUCUCCACUCAAAGCGCUUCCAGCCCGACCUCUAGGACUGAGACCAGCGCUGUGUCCAUAGCUUCCAGUCCGACCUCCACAGCAGAGACCAGCACCGGCUCCGAGACCGCCUCUAUGCCCAGAGCUUCCAUCCCAACCACCCCGUAUGAGUCCAUCUCUCUGUCCAGCUCUUUCAGCCCGACCUCUGUGACUCAGACCAGCACCGUCUCUGAAUCCAUCUCAACGCAAAGCGCUUCCACCCCGACCUCUACGACCGAGACGAGCACUGCCUCUGUGUCCAUCUCCUCGCCCAGAGCUUCCAGCCCGAGCUCUAUGGCCGAGACCAGCACCUCCGAGUCCACCUCUCCAUCCAGCACUUCUAGACCGACCUCUGUGACUCAGACCAGCACCAUCUCUGAGUCCAUCUCCUCAGCCAGAGCUUCCAGUCUGACAUCCACGACCGAGAGCAGCAGCAUCUCCGAGUCCUUCUCCUCCCACGAAGCUUCCAGCCCGAGCUCUACGGCUGAGUCCAGCACCAGGUCCGAGUCCGUCUCCUCCCCUAGAGCUUCCAUCCCGACCUCCAUGGCCGAGACCAGCACUGUGUCCGAGUCCGUACCUACGCCCAGUGCUUCCAGCCUGACCUCUAUGACCGAGUCCAGCACCAUCUCCGAAUCUGUCUCAAUGCAAAGCGCUUUCAGCCCGAGCUCUGUGACCAAGACCAGCACUGUGUCCGAGUCCGUCUCCAUGCCCAGAUCUUCCAGCCCAAGCUCUGUGGCCGAGAGCAGCACCAUCUCCGAAUCCAUCUCCACGCAAAGCGCUUCCACCCUGACCUCUAGGACUGAGACUAGCACUGUCUCUGUGUCCAUCUCCUCGCCCAGAGCUUCCAGCCCGAGCUCUAUGGCCGAGACCAGCCCCUCCGAGUCCACCUCUCCAUCCAGCGCUUCUAGACCGACCUCUGUGACUCAGACCAGCACUGUCUCCAAGUCCGUCUCCAUGCCCAGAUCUUCUAGCCUGAGCUCUGUGACCGAGACCAGCACCAGGUCCGAGUCUGUCUCCUCCCCUAGAGCUUCCAGCCCGACGUCCAUGGCUGAGACCAGCUCUGUCUCUGAGUCCGUAUCUACGCCCAGUGCUUCCAGCCUGACCUCUAUGGCCGAGUCCAGCACCAUCUCCGAAUCCAUCUCCAUGCAAAGCACUUCCACCCUAACCUCUAGGACUGAGACUAGCAGUGUCUCCGAGUCUGUCUCCUCCCCUAGAGCUUCCAGCCCGACCUCCAUGGCUGAGACCAGCACUGUCUCCGAGUUUGUCUCCAUGGCCAGAUCUUUCACCCCGACCUCUAUGGCUGAGACGAGCACCAGGUCCGAGUCCAUCUCCAUACAAAGCCCUUCCAACCCGACCUCUGUGGCUGAGACCAGCACCUCUGAGUCCAUCUCUCCUUCCAGCACUUCUAGACCGACCUCUGUGACUCAGACCAGCACCGUCUCCAAGUCCAUCUCCUCACCCAGAGCUUCCAGUCUGACAUCCACGACCGAAAGCAGCAGCAUCUCCGAGUCCUUCUCCUCCCAUGCAGCUUCCAGCCCGAGCCCUACGGCUGUGUCCAGCACCAGGUCCGAGUCCGUCUCCUCCCCUAGAGCUUCCCUCCCGACCUCCAUGGCCGAGACCAGCACUGUCUCUGAGUCCGUAUCUACGCCCAGUGCUUCCAGCCUGUCCCCUAUCUCCGAGUCCAGCACCAUCUCCGAAUCUGUCUCCACGCAAAGUGCUUUCAGCCCGACCUCUGUGGCCGAGACCAGCACUGUGUCCAAGUCCAUCUCCUCACCUAGAGCUUCCAGCCUGACCUCCACGGCAGAGAGCAGCACCGUCUCCGAAUCCGUUUCCAUGCAAAGCACUUCCACCCUGACCUCUAGGACUGAGACUAGCAGUGUCUUCGAGUCUGUCUCCUCACCCAGAGCUUCCAGCAUGACCUCCAUGGCCAAGACUAGCACCUCCGAGUCCACCUCUCCAUCCAGCACUUCUAGAGCGACCUCUGUGACUCAGACCAGCACCGGCUCUGAGUCCAUCUCCUCACCCAGAGCUUCCAGUCCGACAUCCACGACCGAGAGCAGCAGCAUCUCCGAGUCCUUCUCCUCCCAUGCAGCUUCCAGCCCGAGCGCAACGGCUGUGUCCAGCACCAGGUCCGAGUCCGUCUCCUCCCCUAGAGCUUCCAUCCUGACCUCCAUGGCCGAGACCAGCGCUGUCUCCGAGGCCGUCUCCAUACAAAGCGCUUCCAGCCCGACCUCUGUGGCUGAGACCAUCACCUCUGAGUCCAUCUCUCCUUCCAGCACUUCUAGAGCGACCUCUGUGACUCAGACCAGCACCGGCUCCGAGUCCAUCUCCUCACCCAGAGCUUCCAGCCCGACCUCCAUGGCCGAGACCAGCACCAUCUCCGAAUCUGUCUCCACGCAAAGCGCUUUCCGCCCAACCUCUGUGGCCGAGACCAGCACUGUCUCCGAGUUCGUCUCCAUGCCCAGAUCUGUCACCCCGACCUCUAUGGCUGAGACGAGCACCAGGUCUGAGUCCAUCUCCAUACAAAGCCCUUUCAGCCCGUCCUCUGUGGCCAAGACCAGCACUGUCUCCGAGUCCGUCUCCAUGCCCAGAUCUUCCAGCCCAAGCUCUGUGGCCGAGAGCAGCACCGUCUCCGAAUCCAUCUCCACGCAAAGCGCUUCCAGCCCGACCUCUAGGACUGAGACCAGCCCUGUGUCCAUAGCUUCCAGUCCGACCUCCACAGCAGAGACCAGCACCGGCUCCGAGACCGUCUCUAUGCCCAGAGCUUCCAUCCCAACCACCCCGUAUGAGUCCAUCUCUCUGUUCAGCUCUUCCAACCCGACCUCUGUGACUCAGACCAGCACCAUCUCUGAAUCCAUCUCAACGCAAAGCGCUUCCACCCCGACCUCUAGGACCAAGACGAGCACUGCCUCUGUGUCCAUCUCCUUGCCCAGAGCUUCCAGCCCGAGCUCUAUGGCCGAGACCAGCACCUCCGAGUCCACCUCUCCAUCCAGCACUUCUAGACCGACCUCUGUGACUCAGACCAGCACUGUCUCCAAGUCCGUCUCCAUGCCCAGAUCUUCUAGCCUGAGCUCUAUGGCCGAGACCAGCACCAGGUCCGAGUCUGUCUCCUCCCCUAGAGCUUCCAGCCCGACCUCCAUGGCUGAGACCAGCACUGUCUCCGAGUUCGUCUCCAGGCCCAGAUCUUUCACCCCGACCUCUAUGGCUGAGACGAGCACCAGGUCCGAGUCCAUCUCCAUACAAAGCCCUUCCAGCCCGACCUCUGUGGCUGAGACCAGCACCGUCUCCAAGUCCAUCUCCUCACCCAGAGCUUCCAGUCUGACAUCCACGACCAAGAGCAGCAGCAUCUCCGAGUCCUUCUCCUCCCAUGCAGCUUCCAGCCCGAGCCCUACGGCUGUGUCCAGCACCAGGUCCGAGUCCGUCUCCUCCCCUAGAGCUUCCAUCCCGACCUCCAUGGCCGAGACCAGCACUUUCUCUGAGUCCGUAUCUACGCCCAGUGCUUCCAGCCCAAGCUCUGUGGCCGAGAGCAGCACCGUCUCCGAAUCCAUCUCCACGCAAAGCGCUUCCAGCCCGACCUCUAGGACUGAGACCAGCCCUGUGUCCAUAGCUUCCAGUCCGACCUCCACAGCAGAGACCAGCACCGGCUCCGAGACCGUCUCUAUGCCCAGAGCUUCCAUCCCAACCACCCCGUAUGAGUCCAUCUCUCUGUCCAGCUCUUUCAGCCCGACCUCUGUGACGAAGACCAGCACCAUCUCUGAAUCCAUCUCAACGCAAAGUGCUUUCAGCCCGACCUCUGUGGCCGAGACCAGCACUGUCUCUGUGUCCAUCUCCUCACCUAGAGCUUCCAGCCCGAGCUCUAUGGCCAAGACCAGCACCUCCGAGUCCACCUCUCCAUCCAGCACUUCUAGACCGACCUCUGUGACUCAGACCAGCACCAUCUCUGAGUCCAUCUCCUCACCCAGAGCUUCCAGUCCAACAUCCACAACCGAGAGCAGCAGCAUGUCUGAGUCCUUCUCUUCCCAUGCAGCUUCCAGCCCGAGCGCUGCGGCUGAGUCCAGCACCAGGUCCGAGUCCGUCUCCUCCCCUAGAGCUUCCCUCCCGACCUCCAUGGCCGAGACCAGCACUGUCUCUGAGUCCAUAUCUACGCCCAGUGCUUCCAGCCUGUCCCCUAUCUCCGAGUCCAGCACCAUCUCCGAAUCUGUCUCCACGCAAAGUGCUUUCAGCCCGACCUAUGUGGCCGAGACCAGCACUGUGUCCAAGUCUAUCUCCUCACCUAGAGCUUCCAGCCUGACCUCCACGGCAGAGAGCAGCACCGUCUCCGAAUCCGUUUCCAUGCAAAGCACUUCCACCCUGACCUCUAGGACUGAGACUAGCAGUGUCUUCGAGUCUGUCUCCUCACCCAGAGCUUCCAGCAUGACCUCCAUGGCCAAGACUAGCACCUCCGAGUCCACCUCUCCAUCCAGCACUUCUAGACCGACCUCUGUGACUCAGACCAGCACCGGCUCUGAGUCCAUCUCCUCACCCAGAGCUUCCAGUCCGACAUCCACGACCGAGAGCAGCAGCAUCUCCGAGUCCUUCUCCUCCCAUGCAGCUUCCAGCCCGAGCGCAACGGCUGUGUCCAGCACCAGGUCCGAGUCCGUCUCCUCCCCUAGAGCUUCCAUCCCGACCUCCAUGGCCGAGACCAGCACUGUGUCCGAGUCCGUAUCUACGCCCAGUGCUUCCAGCCUGACCUCUGUGGCCGAGAGCAGCACCGUCUCCGAAUCCAUCUCCAUGCAAAGCGCUUCCAGCCCAAGUUCUAGGACUGAGACCAGCCCUGUGUCCAUAGCUACCAGUCCGACCUCCACAGCAGAGACCAGCACCGGCUCCGAGACCGUCUCUAUGCCCAGAGCUUUCAUUCCUACCACUACGUUCGAGUCCAUCUCUCUGUUCAGCUCUUCCAGCCCAACCUCUGUGACUCAGACCACCACCAUCUUCGAGUCGGUCUCUACGCCCAGUGCUUCCAGCCUGACUUCCACAGCUGAGACUAGCACGGGCUCCGAGUCCGUCUCCACGCAAAGCGCUUCCAGCCCGAUCUCUGUGGCUGAGACCAGCACCUCUGAGUCCAUCUCUCCUUCCAGCACUUCUAGAGCGACCUCUGUGACUCAGACCAGCACCGUCUCCAAGUCCAUCUCCUCACCCAGAGCUUCCAGUCUGACAUCCACGACCAAGAGCAGCAGCAUCUCCGAGUCCUUCUCCUCCCAUGCAGCUUCCAGCCCGAGCCCUACGGCUGUGUCCAGCACCAGGUCCGAGUCCGUCUCCUCCCCUAGAGCUUCCAUCCCGACCUCCAUGGCCGAGACCAGCACUGUGUCCGAGUCCGUAUCUACGCCCAGUGCUUCCAGCCUGACCUCUGUGGCCGAGAGCAGCACCGUCUCCGAAUCCAUCUCCAUGCAAAGCGCUUCCAGCCCAAGUUCUAGGACUGAGACCAGCCCUGUGUCCAUAGCUACCAGUCCGACCUCCACAGCAGAGACCAGCACCGGCUCCGAGACCGUCUCUAUGCCCAGAGCUUUCAUUCCUACCACUACGUUCGAGUCCAUCUCUCUGUUCAGCUCUUCCAGCCCAACCUCUGUGACUCAGACCACCACCAUCUUCGAGUCGGUCUCUACGCCCAGUGCUUCCAGCCUGACUUCCACAGCCGAGACUAGCACGGGCUCCGAGUCCGUCUCCACGCAAAGCGCUUCCAGCCCGAUCUCUGUGGCUGAGACCAGCACCUCUGAGUCCAUCUCUCCUUCCAGCACUUCUAGAGCGACCUCUGUGAUUCAGACCAGUACCGGCUCCGAGUCCAUCUCCUCACCCAGAGCUUCCAGUCCGACAUCCACGACCGAGAGCAGCAGCGUCUCUGAGUCCUUCUCCUCCCAUGCAGCUUCCCGCCCGAGCGCAACGGCUGAGUCCAGCACCAGGUCCGAGUCCGUCUCCUCCCCUAGAGCUUCCAGCCCGACCUCCACGGCAGAGAGCAGCACCGUCUCCGAAUCCGUCUCCAUGCAAAGCACUUCCACCCUGACCUCUAGGACUGAGACUAGCAGUGUCUCCGAGUCUGUCUCCUCGCCCAGAGCUUCCAGCCCGACCUCCAUGGCCGAGACUAUCACUCUCUCCGAGUCCGUCUCCAUGCCCAGAUCUUCCAGCCCAAGCUCUGUGGCUGAGAGCGGCACCAUCUCCAAAUCUAUCUCCACGCAAAGUGCUUCCAGCCCGACCUCUAGGACUGAGACCAGCCCUGUGUCCAGAGCUUCCAGUCCGACCUCUAGGACCGAGUCCAGCGCUGUCUCCGAAUUCGUCUCCAUGCAAAGUGCUUCCACCUCGAUCUCUGGGACCGAGACCAGCACCAACUCCGAAUCCAUCUCCACGCAUAGUGCUUCCAUCCUCACCUCUGGGACUGAGACCAGCACUGCCUCUGUGUCCAUCUCGACGCAAAGCGCUUCCACCCCGACCUCUAUGACCGAGACCAGCACCUCCGAGUCCACGUCUCCAUCCAGCACUUCUAGACCGACCUCUGUGACUCAGACCAGCACCGGCUCCGAGUCCGUCUCUUUGCCCAGAGCUUCCAGCCCGACCUCCACGGCAGAGAGCAGCACCAUCUCUAAAUCCGUCUCCACGGAAAGCUCUUUCACCCUGACCUCUAGGACCGAGACGAGCACUGCCUCUGUGUCCGUCUCCUCUCCCAGAACUUCGAGCCUGACCUCUGUGGCUGAGACCAGUACCUCCGAGUCCAUCUCUCCGUCCAGCACUUCUAGACCGACCUCUGUGACUCAGACCAGCACCGGCUCCGAGUCCAUCUCUACCCCCAGAGCUUCCAGCCUGACCUCCAUGGCCGAGUCCAGCACUGUCUCCAAGUCCGUCUCCACCCCCAUAUCUUCCAGCCCAACCUCUGUGGCCGAGACCAGCACCAACUCCAAGUCCAUCUCCACAGCCAGAGUUUCCAGCCCGACCUUCACAAGCAAGAUCAGCACCAGCUCCGAGUCUGUCUCCUCUCCCAGAGAUUCCAGCCCGACCUCCACGGACCAGAGCAGCACUGUCCCUGAGUCCAUCUCUACGCCCAGAUUUUCCAGCCCAACCUCUGUGGCCGAGACCAGCACCAACUCUGAGUCCGUGUCCACACCUAGAGCUUCCAGCCUGACUUCCAUGGCUCACUCAACAACAGUCUCCGAGUCCGUCUCCAUGCCAGGUGUUUCCAGCCCAAUCUCCAUGGCCAAGUCCAGCACUGUCUCCAAGCCCGUCUUCUCACCCAGCGCUUCCAUCCCGACCACUACGGCUGAGUCCAGCACUGUCCCUGAGUCCAUCUCCACGCCCAGAGCUUCCACCCUGACUUCCACUGUAGAAGCCAGGACAGUCUCUGAGUCCUUCUCCACUCCCAGUGCUUCUAGUCUGACCUCCACGGCUGAGACCAGAACCAUCUCCAAGUCCAUCUCUACACCCAGUGCUUCCAGCUCGACCUCCAUGGCUGAGUCAAGCACCGUCUCUGAGCCCGUUUCCAUGCCCAGUGCUUCAAUCCUGUCCUUGACAUCCAAGUCCAGCACCGUCUCGGAGUUAGUCUCCACACCCAGGGUUUCCAGCCUGACCCUCACAUCUGAGUCCAGCACCCUCUCUGAGUCUGUCUCCAUACCCAGCAUUUCAAACCUGAGUUCCACGGCUGAUGCGAGCACCAUCACGCAGCCAACAGUCUCUGAAUUCACCACCAAUGGGACAACCGUGACAUUGGCUCCACCCCAUCCAACUGGUACUGAAUUCCCAAGGACAGAGACUAGCAUGGCAAGCACUCCUUCUCUUCCAAUGACAGAGACAUCCACACACAAUGUGAUAACACCUUCUUCAGGGCACCCCACAAUGGAAACAAGUAACAGUGAGACAACCUCAGCAACAUCCUCUCCACCGGCAACGGUGCCCAGCUCUUCCACCCAGAGCACCUUCUUGACUUCUGUCUCUCACACAACCCUCUCUGAAAGCACAGCCAAGGAAACGACUCUGGCAACAACGGUUUCUGCUCCAGCUUCACCAGAAUUGACCCACAGUGAAACGACAUUGUCAUCAACACCCUCUGCGUCUGCUACAUCUGAGAUAUCCACCAGCGAGACAGCGGCUACAAGAGCUACUUCCUCUGCAGUUGUUUCAACAUCUUCUACUGAGAGUGCCAUCACGACAAACGUGUCACACACAACAGUUCCUGAAUUCAUUACCAGUGCCGCACCCCCAAUGACAACUCCCCCACAUCUGACUUUAACAGAAUUCACAGGCCGUGAGACUACCAUGGCAACUAGGUUUCCUGUAGAAACGGCUUCAAAAUCUACCCAGGCUGAGACCACGAUAUCAACAACUCUCUCUGUACCUGUUACACCUGAAAUCUCCACCCUUGAAACGAACUCUACAAUGGCCACCUCCCAACCAGCUCUGACCACCCCUUCCUCUCAGAGCCCUUCAGUGACGUUUCCCUCCCACUCAGCUGUAUCUGAGUUCACCAGAAAGGAGACAACUUUGGCAACAAGCAUUGUAAAGACAACUGGGCGCUAUUCAACCAUGUCUGAAGUCCCCACCAAUGAAACAACACUCACAACAAGUCUUUCCGGGACAACGGUUCCUGAAGUCACAAGGUCUUCCACACUCUCUGUGGCAGCUACAGCAGAAAGCUCCACCCGUGAGACAAACUUGACAACAGUCACAUCCCAGCCAACUGUCGUGACAUCUUCCACGGAGAGUAGGACAAUGGCAUCUGUGUCCCAUACAACCCUACCCGAAUUCAGCACCAAUGAGAGAACCAAGGCAACUAGUCCUUCCACUCUUAUGACUGAAUUCCCAAAGAAUGAGACCACCGUAACCUCAACUCCCUAUGUCCCAGCAACAGGACUCACUCACAACCAAACGACACUGGCAACCACUCUUUCUGCGCCUGCCAGAAGUGAAAUCUCCACCAGUGAGACAAGCUUGACAACAGCCACCUCUCAGCCCAUUGUGCCAACAUCUUCCAUCGAGAGUAGCACCAUGACAUCUGUGUCCCAUACAACCGUACCUGAAUUCACCAGCAAGAAGACAACCGUGACGUCGGCCCCUCUCCAUCCAACUCCGACUGAAUUCACAAGUACUGAGAGUAGAGGAGUAACAACUCUUUCUGUCCCUAACACAGAGGAAUUCAGCAGCCGACAGACAACUUUGACAACAGUCUCUCCUCAGCCGCCUGUGACCACAUCUUCCACUGAGUCUACCGUAAAGACAAAAGAGUCCCAUCCAACCAUAUCUUCAUCCACCACCAGCGAGACCACCCUGGCAACAACACUUUCCUACUCAAGUCCUCCGGCAUCCACCCACCAUGAGACACUGCCAACGACAACCCGUUCUGUUCCAAGCCCAACCAAAUCCAACAGCCACGAGGAAACAUUGGCUACGACUGUUUCUUCGCCUACCGCCACAGGGUCCUCCUCUGGCAUCUCUCGCACAGUGAUGACGUCCGAGCCAGGAACAAGUCAAGUGUCUUCUACAAGGUCCAUGGUGCCUCCUCUUUCCGUCUCGACAGGUUCUUCGGUUCCCACGAGGAAACCCGGCACCGUGACCAGCCUUGUGACUCAGACGCAGUCUAGCAGCACAAGUACUUCCGUGACUGUGCCAACCAAAAUCCCAGGGACCAGCAGCCACCCCACAAACUCCACUGGCACCACAACCACUGCGGUUCCCGCCACCACGCUGGAGCCCCUGAGGUGCCAGAAUGGAGGGACGCCCCUUGCGAACAAGUGUCUCUGCCUUUCGGGAUUUACAGGGGAGCGGUGCGAAACGGUGAUGAACAACAUCAACAUCGAUGUGGUGAAGGCGGAGAUCAAUGUCACCGUGGUGGUGACGAACAUGAACUUCUCCGAAAGCAUGGAGGAUCCAAAGUCCACAGCGUUCAAAGUGUUUGUGGAAAUCUUCCGUACCCGGAUGGACCCGAUCUACAGGGAGACGGUGCCUGGGUUCCUCAGCAUCGAGGUGAUCCAGCUGAGCAAUGGCAGCGUGGUGGUGCAUCACCGCGUGGUCCUGGACGUGCCCUACGCCAACUACACCAGUGUGUACACCCAGGCCGUGGGCAACGUCAGAGCGCGGCUGAACGCCACCAAUUGCACCAGCGCCUCUCCGGGUGUGUACCGCGCGUCGCCUGGCCAGCCGGCCUCCCUUUUCUGCCAGCACUCAGAUUGGUACUGGUUCACGGGCAGUCACUGCGAACAAGUCGUGAGCAAGGUGGGCGUAGCAGUGGGGGUGGCGCUCGGCCUGGUCGUGCUGCUGCUGGUGAUUCUUGUCCUGGCCAUCUGCCUUGGCUGGCGUCGGCACUGGAGUGGCAAGCACAGUGUGGCGGACCUGGAGGAGAGUCAGGAGAAGUGGUACAACAACGAGGAGUGGGAGUGGAAUGCGCCACCCCAGGGAAUCACUGCCAGGACCCCGACUGCACCCAGCUGGACUGGUAACAUCCCAGGGACUGAGGGAGGCACUGGCAGCCACAGAGUCUCCUCGUCCUUCCGGCCUUCCCUGGACAAAGUAGACACAUCUCUGCAGACGCAAAUUGCCCGGCCCCAGGUGACCCGUAUCUGA